CUGUGCGGACAGAAUAGCGUUAGCUCGCAUUCGUCGGCUUGCCGGCGUGAGUUACAGAGGAGCAGCCACACCAUAGAUCCCCGCUCACGGCCACUACGCGCACCAUCUGCCGUCGCGCCGCGAGCUCCGCUUGGCCGCGCCCUGCGGUAGUCACACGUGAGCUCUGCCGACACCCAGUGCGCACGGUCGACCUGCGAGCCACCUGCACCGCGUUGAACCCCACCAUGGCCUCGUGCUCGCUACCGCAGUGUCGCACGUGGCCAGCGUUGGCUGUCGCCAUGACUGCGGAGUGGGGCAAGAUCCACGGAGCUGCGCAUGGGGUGAGCAUAUCGGCCCGUGUUGCUAAAUUCUGGCUGGCUAUCGUUUGGGCUGAGCGGCAGAUAUGGCGAAUUUCAACACCUCAGGUGGCUCAGGGAGUUCUAACGACGUAUUAUACAAUAUACAAGGAGCUAUGGGAUGCUUGUGCUAGACCGUUGAUCACAGUGCCUCACAAGGUGAAAGGGUUUACUACUUUCCACAUGGUUAUAUGGAACAGAAUAAUCAUCCGGAUAUUUAAAGAUCGUCCAUGUACACAUUUAGAACAUGUUAGGGCCCUUGUGAAUGCGCACUUCUCUAAUAUGGUCAUGUAUUAGUUGACAAAUGGGCUAUCGGAUGGUACCACUUUGAUACAGUGCAUCCAGCCUUGCAGGCCUCACAAUAUGUCCAUUCGCCAAGCUUCAUUGUGAUGCCUAACUAACUAUUUCACAAACAUCUUUGGUAAUUGGUAAACUGAUUUCUUCCAGCUGCCCAAAAAACAGAUUACUAAUAGACAUGGAGACUGUUUAGUUGUUAAGGCAACUUUACAAAUCAUUUUGGGAAGGGACUAAACAUAUUUACACCAGUUGAAUGCGAAGAAAAGAAAUCAUCAUCUACUAAUACUCCACUAAAUGAACUCCAACAAUUCACAUCUCUAGUAUUGUAUUAUACAUGUCAAAGAAUGACUAACAGUACUUAUUCCUCUCUCGAAGUUGUCAAAGAAAUAUAACCAGUAGAGAACCUGGAAGGAUAGUGAGCUCUAAACUCCAGAUAUCUAAGGGGGUAAUUGCCUAUAAGAUAGGACUUGCUUGGAUGCAUUUCAUAGAUAAUAAAUCUGUAAAGAGUGGUUAGGAGGCAAUCCCUUUGUAAACUGAUAUAACACCGUCUAGAUCACUACUUUAGUGAUCUAAAGUAGUAGUCUAAACGGUCAUAUAUUAGUUUACAAAAGGGGUAACAUACAUAUCUAAACAUUUACACUUCAUAUCAUCAAUUCAGAGAUAAGACCGAAUAGUGUCUGGUCAGAUUUCCAUAGCUGCAAAAAGCUUCAAUAAUCUGUGAACUCUGUAAGAUAGUAAUAUUAGAAAUCCCUUAUUCUAUUGAUGUAUUCACAUCUAACGAAAGGAGAUACAUGUCAACAGGGAAGAAAAACCAACCAUCAGUUGUGCUAAUGUUACCUCUCCAGAGUGGCCUUAGUCCAAAGACACUACUUGGAGUAAAAUUUAGAGCACAAAAAGUUUCAGUCAACUGGUGAACGCUCUCUGAAGUGUAAUUUAAAAGAUAUAAAGUGGCACGGGAAGAGUGGAGCGUGUCCAGCUGAUUGAGAUCAUCUCGUGAAGAGUAGUGUUUUUGCCCUCUUAUGGAGAUUUGAAAGUGCAAUUACCCCAAAGAAGUGCAGUUAACUAAUGAACACGUGUUGUAAGCAGGUCCAAGUUCAUUAGUUUUGAAAAUCAAACAAAUCAGUGAAAGUCCAGUAGUGUUGGAUUAGUAUAUGAUUAUAUGAAUAGACGGGCCAUCUAGACUAAGCAGACCGAAACCAAAAGCAAGAAGGCACAACACGCACUGUCUGAAACUAUGCAGGGCUAUCUAAUCCUUAACAAAAGUAAUGUCACCGCCGGGCUCCUGUGCGAGCAUCACAGAAGUGAUCGUGCUCCGGCGAUGGUGACGCCGUCAUCGUCGUCAUUAUCGGGGGGUGCUGCUGCCGCAUCCGUGCUCCCGAACAUGGCGUCCUACUACAUCCCGAGCAGAGAUCGUCCGGUGCAGCCCGCAGCCCAUUGAUACCGGAGCUGAAGCUACAGCUGAUGCUCACCAUGCCCACGGUCGACGCCACAGAGAAGUUCAUCCAGGAGGAAGAGACCUCGGGAAGCAACAGCCCGUCGCCGACGGCCAGGGAGCGGCGGCGCCGCGGCGGCUACAGCCUACACGUGAAGCCGUGCGGCGGGCUGAAGAGGAGGAUGCCAGCUGCAGACUCCGGUGGCGACCACCGUGCCGUAGAGGCGACGCGCGAGGCGCUGGCGCUGGCUGCAGGAGAGCCUCGUCGUGGUAAAGGAGUCAGGGGACCCGGACUUCCCGGCGAUCAUGGCGGAGAUGAUCACGCCGCCGAGCACAACCACGCCAUCGUCGCCGCGUUCCGAACCACGGCGUCGUGAGCCCGCGACACGCUGCUCCGCUCCAAGGCUGCGUAUCUUGAGAAUUGGGAUGUCCUCUUGGGCUCCAGCCACUGCCGGUGCAAAGGACCUGGUCGCUAUGUCCGAGGCCGGCAUGGGAAGAACCGCGGCAGAAAAGGACGCUGGACGGGGACGACCGGACGGCGCCGCCGCCGUCGCUCGAGGAGAGCGAGAGGGGGCCACGGCGGAUAGGGAAACCGAGCUCGAUGGUGGGGUAGGCAGGGCUAGCCAGGCAAGGCAGGAGCAUCAGGGGAGCUUUAUAGUCACGUACGACGGUGGAGCGGUGGCGUCGGAGUCAUGCGCUCUGGAACCAACGAUCAAAACGGCACCAAGAAGAACACGUACGCAAGGAAAACUCGAGAGAACACAUGGUUAGCGCCAGCGAUUAAAAGAAACAGUACCAAGCGACAAGAACAACCAGGAGAUGCGAUCAACACGGCGCCGCUGUCCACGAAACAUAAACAAAGCAAAAAAACGCUAAACUUACACCAAACUUACCAAAAUAAACUGUACGCUAGUUCAAAAAAUUUGAGAAAAAACACCGAAUCCACAACGCAUUUCUACACCCCCAGGUCCCAAACUAAUACCACGCGUCACAAAAAUUAUACAACAUACAUCACUUUCACCCAAGUGGCCGAUCCUUGGAGCGAAAAAGCUCCCUGGAAUAGAGGCUUGGGUAUUAUGGGAUGGAAGGAGUAGUAGGUUACCGUGUUUGGUGGCAUCACGAUGUGGAAACAUCCCUAGAAAUAUUAUCAGUAACGGCCAUUUUAUCGACGCGCACACUAAUACGUGAAGUGCCGUCCAGAAACAAAACUAUCAGGCAUCAUGUGAAGAAAGCGAGAAGAUGGAAAACAGACAGCCUUUAGAACUCGUGCACUUAGACUCAGUGGUUCUUGUAGGAUUCGCCAUGCCUGGUUCGAAGAGGCAAGCUAGGAACGCCUGUGAAGUUGUGGUGCGGCCGUGCUGGACUCACCCGGUGUGCCCAACAUUGUGCCCCACCAAUCACCACCCCAGAGGAAAGGUUGACGGGAUCUCUGACUCUACAGGCAGCCCCACGGCCUCUCGGAGGUCUGGGCUUGUCGUCGACCUACUCCAGCAUACACAAGCAUCCACUUCCGGCCCCACCCCACCGGUAACAAGUGUACUAAAACUGCAGAGCACAGGAGACCCACGUGGUGAUCCGGGCAUGAGGGAGCGAGCCAUUUCCUGUGGAGUGGUGGUAGUUGUUGGUCCCCUGGAGGUAGUCGUCUCGUCGAUGCGCUCAGGUGUUCGUCCUUUGCAAGUCUCAUAGCGGUGAACUGGUGAUCUGGUACUGUUAGUGGGUGGUUUUUGGUUGUUCUUGUCGUUGUUUACUGUCCCCCCCCCCCCCCCCCCCCCCAGUAGUUAGCUGUUUGCUUUCUUUACGAAGCACGGCAAAAGUGCCCUUUCUCUAAAAAUGGAGACAUACACAGAAGAUAGAACCCGGUGAGGCUAAAGAAACAUAGAUGCGUAUGGGAGCUAAUUGCCUGGAUUAUAUAUAUAUGUAUACUCCUAUAGUUCUACUUGUGAGCUUGGUCGGAUUGGAUUAUAGGAGUGGUACAUUAUACUCUAUUCCCUGGAUCUCUGAUCUGAAGCUAAAGCAAGAUUCCUACACGUGCUAGGGAUUAACUAAAUAAAAGCUUUUGAUAUAAGUACGGCCAAUUAAUAACUGUUGGGACUGAUCGGCCAAUCGGCAGAUAGAUCGAUGCAUCCUAUCUACUACCUUGUUUAACCGGUGUGCUUACUGACUAAUGACACACACUGACAGUGACAAUGCUACUCAUGGGUCAUGGCAUUCACCAACAAGCAUGCUCUCUCCAAGGCAGCGCGUGCGUGUUAGUGUGUGUGGAUCACCACAUUAAUCAGCACCAUAACCAGAUUCUCUCCAAGGCAACAAGAUUCUAGGCAAGAUGAGCCGAAAGACCUGCCUUCAAUCAAUGGAGAAGUGGGAGGAGGCCCCGCUGCUGGAGCACAGGAAGGCGGAGCAUAAUGUGAGCGGCGACGGAGAGGCCCGGCUGGGGCGCCGGCUGUUGGAGGAGAACCGGACGCUGUGGGCGGUGGCGGGGCCAGCCAUCUGCACGCGCUUCUCCACCUUCGGGGUCACCGUUAUCAGCCAGGCCUUCAUGGGCCACAUCGGCUCCACCCAGCUUGCCGCCUACGCCCUCGUCUCCACCGUCCUCAUGCGCUUCAGCAACGGCAUACUGCUGGGCAUGGCGAGCACACUGGAGACGUUGUGCGGGCAGUCGUACGGGGCGAAGCAGUACCACAUGAUGGGCAUCUCCCUGCAGCGCUCCUGGAUCAUCCUGACCGGCUGCGCCGUGCUCAUGCUCCCCAUCCUCAUCUUCACUGAGCCUCUCCUUGUCUCCAUCGGCCAGGACCCCCUGAUCAGCGCUGUCGCGGGGACCAUCUCGCUCUGGUACAUCCCUGUCAUGUUCGCCAACGUCUUCAGCUUCACUCUCCAGAUGUACCUGCAGGCACAGAGCAAGAACAUGGUCAUCACCUACCUUGCAUUUGUCACCCUCGGUCUCCAUGUGUUCCUGCCGUGGCUCUUCACCGUCAGGCUGCACCUUGGGCUCGCUGGGGCCAUGACCUCCAUGGUCAUUGCCAUGUGGAUUCCUGUGUUUGGGCAGCUCAUCUUCGUCUUCUUUGGUGGCUGCCCUCUCACAUGGACCGGGUUCUCCUUCACAGCACUCACCGACCUUGUCCCUAUCCUCAAGUUAUCUCUAUCCUCUGGUGUCAUGCUCUGUUUGGAAUUGUGGUACAGCACCAUAUUGGUGCUCCUUACCGGGUACAUGAAGAAUGCAGAGGUUGCACUUGACGCUCUUUCAAUAUGCCUUAACAUCAAUGGUUGGGAGAUGAUGAUUUCUAUUGGCUUUUUGUCUGCAGCAGGAGUGCGUGUGGCAAAUGAGCUUGGAGCUGGAAGUGCAAGAAGGGCCAAGUUCGCCAUCAUAAAUGUCGUCACCACUUCCUUCUCAAUAGGCCUUGUGUUGUUCGUGUUUUUCCUUUUCUUCCGCGGAAAGCUUUCCUACAUAUUUACUACGAGUGAAGAGGUAGCUGCCGCAGUUGCUGAGCUGUCGCCUCUUCUAGCCUUCUCCAUCUUGUUGAACAGUGUUCAACCAGUGCUAUCAGGUGUUGCUGUUGGUGCGGGUUGGCAAAGUGUAGUUGCCUAUGUCAACAUCACAACAUAUUACUUGAUUGGUAUCCCUCUUGGAGCAAUCCUAGGUUAUGUUCUUGGAUAUCAUGUGAUGGGCAUUUGGGUUGGCAUGCUGCUCGGAACACUGGUCCAAACAAUUGUACUUGUGUUCAUAACAAUCAGGACUGACUGGGAUAAACAGGUAGAGGUUACCGAGGAGAGAUUGAAGAGAUGGUACAUGGAUGGGAACAAAGGGAAGUCAGAUUCAAGGGGAAAUCCAUGAGAUUAAAAAUCUGGCACAAGUAACGAAUCACCAUCAAGGUAGAACUUGUGUGCCCUGCUUGACCAGAGUUUGCGGCGUUUUAGAGGAUAACUACUUGUUCUUUCAAUAUGUUAAGAAUGAAAGGGGUGGAACAUUAGUUGGUGUCGUAGACGUGUCGGAGGUUGUUCCUCAAGAUCGACCAAAUGAUAGCAGUGACGUGUGCUCCACUUGAGAAGAAAAAACAUGUUGCUCAAGGAAAACACUUAAUCUGCCACUGCCUCAGCAUGUAAAAUAUGCCUUGGAUCGCUGUGAGCUGGUGGUACAAGUGUUGUUCUGUAUUGAUGGAUUUUGGUUGUGCUUAGCAAUAGCAAACAUGGUAUUUGUAUA